GCUGCCGAAAGGUCUGGUCGCAGAGACAGGAACGCGUAAUCCUCAGCGUGCUCCAUCCCGACGGUAUCCUUCCCCGGCUCGGCAGGGCAGGGAGCCUCUGGCCACCAGCCCCUCUGCUCCGCGGAAAAGCCUGAUGAAGUCCUCCGAUAUCGAUCAGGAUUUAUUUACAGACAGUUACUGCAAGGUGUGCAGUGCACAACUGAUAUCUGAGUCUCAGCGCGUGGCUCAUUACGAGAGUCGAAAACAUGCAAGCAAAGUCCGACUGUAUUACAUGCUUCACCCCAGGGAUGGCGGGUGUCCUGCCAAGAGGCUCCGGUCAGAAAAUGGAAAUGAUGCUGAUAUGGUGGAUAAGAAUAAGUGCUGUACACUCUGUAACAUGUCCUUUACCUCGGCAGUGGUGGCUGACUCACAUUAUCAAGGCAAAAUCCAUGCCAAAAGGUUAAAACUGUUGCUAGGAGAGAAAACCCCACUAAAGACCACAGCAACACCCCUGAACUCACUUAAACCUCCACGGGUGGACACUGCUCCAGUGGUCCCAUCUCCAUAUCAAAGAAGAGAUUCAGACAGAUACUGUGGGCUCUGUGCAGCCUGGUUUAACAAUCCUCUCAUGGCCCAGCAACAUUAUGAUGGCAAGAAACACAAAAAGAAUGCAGCAAGAGUUGCUUUACUAGAACAACUUGGGACAACUCUGGAUAUGGGAGAACUAAGAGGUCUGAGGCGCAAUUACAGAUGUACCAUCUGCAGUGUCUCUCUCAACUCCAUAGAACAGUAUCAUGCCCACCUGAAAGGAUCUAAACACCAGACCAACCUGAAGAAUAAGUAGUGAAAACAUCAAUCAAGAGAUGAGAAAAAAAAAUGUCAGGAUUUCUCUGCCUGGAGAAUUUGCUUAUCAACCACCAGAGGAGGAUUCUUUCUUGAACAAUGAACAUUUCUUAUGAGGAUUCACAAAUUAACAUAUGACUAAUCUUAGUUUUGGAGAGUGAAUGAGCUUUCUUGCUUUCUUUCUUUUAAUUUUGUGGUAAGUUAUGAUAUUUGGAUGGAUUUUUUAAUUCUUUCCUGAUGAUCUAUUUAGCACAUGUUCUAAAUUAUAAUCCUAUAGCAAACGGGAACAUCACUCAAACUUAAAGACAGUGGGAAGAUCUAAAUUUCCAAUUUAUUCUAGAUUUCUUCAACAUAAAUUAUUCCAUUAAAUCUUUGAUAAUUGAGAUUUAAAGCACCUUUAUCAAGAAAUACACAUUAUUUUUUCAUCACGCUAAACAUGAUUGGUGGCAACAUGCACGGAACCAGAACGAGUCACUACUGGUAGAAGAUACAUAAUGGACAGAAAUACCACUCCUUCAUUUCACCCUCAAAAUGGUGGACGAGGUUUGCCAUCUGAAUGACAAGAAUAAAGAGGGUGAAUAAAGGAAGAAGCCCAUCCUUUUUUCUGAUCACUCAAAGAACCAUUUCUCAAGGUUAAGCCAAGUCCUCUUUGCAAGCUGCCAAAAUAAUAGCUUAGGAAAAGAAUUAGUUUGCCUGCAUGGUGAUCCUCUUAGGCAAAAAUGUCUUCACAGCAGUUGACCUUGAUGAAAUGUUUUCCCAAAGGCAUCCAAGAGAAGAAUUACAAACCCCCGAAUGAGAGGGAAAUAAAUGAGUAUUUCUUAUGAAGUUGGCCUGAACUGUGGGCUUUGAUGUGGGUGCUGAUGAUUUGGGGAGAAUUGCGUAAGUUCUCAAGAAAUGACAGCCUUGGGUAUAGUGAGUCCCCCUAUUCCUCUGUUCCUCACUGAAGUCCUCUCGCUGAGCUAAGGUUCAGUCACUUUGGCAAGAACACUACUGGCCAGUAUGACAGACUGGAAAACUGUUCCUCUCUGAUGGGGAGUGCCUCUGAGUGUAAAUUCUAAAGCUUUCUCUGGGUUUAACUCUUCUCCCUCGUGACUGGAUCUGGUGUCCUGCAGGCUGGCUGCAAAGCCAGACGUUUAACUCCUCUUCACAGUGUUUCUCAGUGUUCUGACUGGGGUUGCCCUUUGUACAUUGUGACCACAGGCAAUUGAUCUCCUGGUGUCAGGAUUUUCCAGGCGUCCCUUGUUUUUCCAGAGAGCUGAGGUGGUUACAACUCAGUGAGCAAUAAAUGAAAUGACUUAGAAAUGCACAGUGUUGUUAUGAAGGUGUUUGAAAUUUGGCACCACUCCCUUGAGAGGGCCCACUCAGGAGGGACCAGGGUUGCUAGCUUCUGUGCCUACGGGGAGAAGCAGCUGCACCAGCCAUGUGCUGUCCCUUGGGAAGGAAGGAGGGUUUGAUGGGAAGCAAUCUAUCUUGCUGUUUUGGAAAGCACACAACAGAGCUGCAAACCUGCAACGAUGACUUUUCUUCCAAUGUGUGAAAUAAUGCUUUAUUUGUCAAUUACGCUGUAGAAUAAGCACUGUCCAAGUAAAAAAACCAAAACAAACAAACAAAACAACAAAAAAAAACAACAACAAAGAAAAAACCCAAAAAACAAACGAACAACAGCAACAAAAAAACCAACUUUGUUUCUGUUUGCGUUUAGUGAGCGAGCUCAUAACCUUCAAGUGUUUUGUUUUGUUUUGUUUUUAAUAACCUGAUAGAGUUGAGCCUGUGAACAUAGAUCUCUUCUGCUUUACAGAGGGGCUAUGCCAAACCCUUUACAGAUAAGCUUCCAGAUAGAAUAAUCAGAUCAUUUCAGAAUUCCUCAUCUAAAUAUCAUUGCUCCUUGGCAACCAGUCAAGUGAAAGUGAAUAUCCUGCCAGAGAUUUUGCUUGUUUGUUUUCAAAUUCUUUUUUUAUUUUUGCAUCAAGAAGGGAAACGAUUGUUCUAAUGUACCACGGAGUUGACAUAUUAAGUCUUAAACAAGAAGAGCCAAUGAAUGUUAUUUAUAUAUUCGGAAGUCUUAGAUAGAGACAAUUCUGCUCGGAAAGCUAGCUGUUUGUUGUUCUUUCUGUCCUUAGUUAUUGUUAGUAGUAGUAAUAGUAGUAGUAGUAUGGUUAUAUUUGUUUAAUUAGGCCAUGUCUUACAUUCAGAUUCAUUAAGGAACCCGUGGGAGUGAGAUGUAAGAUAAAUAUUUUCAAAUAGCCAAAUUAAUUCUGGCAGAGAGGAACAGACCCAUGGGACCCGGUGGUUGUAGAGGUGUUCGGGUAAGGCCGCCUGAUGACAGCAGAGAUUCCCAGGGAGAUAAGAAUGAGUCCUGGGAUUUCCCGUAAAACCUCAAUUCAAGGGACCUGGGGGAGAGCCCUAUCUAUUUGAAAGAAACUAUGCAAAUUAUCAAUAUAUAAAGUAUUUUCACUGUUCCAGAGUACUUGGAGUCAUGGCAACUAAAGUAACCAACUACUGACGUUUGAAAUUUCUUCCAAUGAAGGAAAAAUGAUGCAAAAUUAACAUAAUGCAAAAGCUUAAUGUAUUAAUAAUUUUAAUAAUCCUUAUAUUAGAGUAUUUUUUUCUUUGUAUUUAACAAGAUACUUGCUAAGUGGUUGAAAUCGUCUGUGUCUUUGUAUAGAGACAAAAUACUCCUACAGAUCUGGUCGUUCAAUUCGCUUAGCUUUUCAAAGAGGUUUUCUUCUUCAAGUACAGAGGUAAGCUUCUGGCCAGCACCUGUGCCAGUGGCCACAAAUGCCAUGGUAGUGAAGCCCAAAUUAAUGAGUUUUCAUUAUAUAUAACCGCAGCCCAGUGCACAGAUAAAUACCAUCAUAAAGCAAUCUGCUAAGUAGAGAGGACCACGGUGAUCCCUUUUGCUGAUAAAAAUAGUAAUAAAACUCUCAUCUGCAGUUGCUUGACCACAAAGACCAAUAUAGGAUUUGUUUUUUCAUUUGCCUCUUGGAUGACAUAUAAAUAUAAAUUGGAACUGCAAGUGUCUUUAUACCUUUCUACUGCAUUGAGUUUAUUAGACCAUUCAGACAAGACAAGAAGACUAUGAGACAGAUGAAAAAUGCUAAUACUCCCAGAGGCAAACUUGAGCCCCGGGCAGGAGGGGCAGUGACCAUACCUCCUCCAAAGCUGAUCUUUGAUUGAGGUGUUACUGACAAGUCACUGCAAGCACAGCAUACUGAAACUCCUGUAACAAACUUUCUAUACUGUCACGUAGUGAAAUAACAGCCCUCUCUACAUUCCAUCCAAGCUAAAUAUUCAUUGUUUGACCAGCUUGUACAAAGAAUUGAUUGUUGUUCUUUUGCGACCAGAAUGAGAAGGGUUUGAUCAGCAUAUUACUAAGGGGAAAGUUUUAUUUUUUUCUUUUUUGGCUUCUUACCUAAUUUAUUCAUACUAAAGUCAUGCUAAACUACCUCAUAGGUUUGUGGUGUUGAUUAGUUAAUUAAUAAAUGUCAAGUGCUUAAAAAUAUAAAUCUAUAUAAAUGCUGCCUUAGUUGGCUUUCUAGUUUAAGAUAUGCAUGUCAAAUUAACUAUCUAUAUAUUUCAUUGUAAUAUUCAUGUUGGUAAAUUUGUCUUCAAAUUUAAUAUAUAAAUAUCUUGAUGUAAAAUGAAACUCUGAGAGGCCCAGAAUGGACUCAAACUCAAGUCUGGCAAAUGUAGCACCUAAGGAAACAAAAAGCACCUAGAAGUAAAACCAAAAUGUUUUCUUAAGCAGAUUUUAAAGCAGGCCUUCUCAAAGGUUGGGGAUGGGGGUUGUCAACACUGGUUUUAAAGAGUGUAUUAAGUAAUUUUGUAUUACAAUAGUUAAAAUGCCAACAAUUAUCAAUGACUUAUACUUAAAAAUUAAUUGCAGUGGGUUUAAGGCCAUGCUUAUGAUGACAUGUUGAGUAAAACGUAGAGGGAAGAGUCAUAACUAGUCCACAUGUUUCUGAAUACCUGCAAGAGAGGUUGUUUGGAUGGACAUCUGCUUUGGUUUGUAUCUUCCUAGAAAAACUUUAAAAACUGGUUUUGUUUUUUGUUUUUUUUUGAAAGGAUACAGCCUAAACAGAAAGGAAAGGAAUUAAUAUCUCACAGUUUCUUAGUAGCAUCAUCUGAAGGGUCUAUGGCAACUAUUUAGAAACUAAUUUUACCGUGGCUCUACUUUGCUGCCAUUUUUCCCUGUAUGAUUAAUUACUCCUUAGCCACUGUUCUGAAUAGCAGUUUUAUUUCCUAAUUUCAAAUGCCUCAACUUAAUUACCAAUUCAUUCUGACCUUUAAAAACUACAUUCUAUAAUCUUCAAAUUAUAUGAGUGAAGGAAAAAGAAGUCCUAUUUUACCUGUCCCCCCACCUACAACUAUCACUAACAGGUUACAUUGUUUCUGAAGAACAGUCUAACUAUUGCUAUAGGUCAAACUUUGACAUCAUCUGCGGUUGUUUGAAGACCAUCUCAAAUAUCCUCAUUGCACAGGUGGGCACUAGGCUCUGCAGAGGCUGUUUCAAUUUCAGAAUGUUUACGUAAUGUACAAAUGUAGGACAUUUGGCUGCUAAAUUUAUUCCUUUUUUUAAGUAAAGAAAUAAAAGUUAAAUUGAU